AUGACGAAGACGUUCCUAAGCUCGGCACUGUGUGGGCUCGUGGCUGUCCUAUCAAACGCUUCAGCCACCACUCUAUUUCCUCACGUUCCAAUUGUGAUGUGGUCUCAGCGGCCCAUUUUCGCCGGAUCCAACACUUAUGUAAGCUUGGAAAUGGAUGAGGUAGCACUAGCAUCGACGUUGGAGACUGUAUUGACGCGUGACAUUACUGCUGACAGUGUGGGCAUGUUGAGCACACCGACGACGUCAUUCCAGCAAGCAGAAAUAAUGUGUUUGUUUCUCUUGCCUUCGCUUGUUUUGGAAGACGUGCCGCAUCUUUCGAAAGGCGCUGGUUCCUUUAUACAGAACGUUGUCCACAACUCAGUUUCGUCGGUAGUAAUUCCACACACGACGCGCACAAAAUUUCUUCUUUCUGAGUUGACAAGCAUGAAGCCACACAUCGUCGGACUCAAAAAAUUGGAUGCAUUUAUUGUGUCUGAGGAGAUACAGAUGCUGCUCUCAAAUGGCAAAACGGACCUGAUUGUGGUGCAACUGCCAGAGACGAUGCCUCUAUCCGACGUAGAUGCCGCUGUUAAAACUGCUUCGAGCAAAUUGAACGAAGCAUCAGAUGGCAAGAUGGAUUUUGCGUUUACUGGCAAUGAUGCCACACCGGUGGUGAUCCAGGACCUAUUUGCUCGGCGUCUUAAUGCUCAAGCCAAGGCUAAAAUGAACUCCACCCAGGCUGCUGCAUUUGAAUGCCAAGAGGGUUACCUGAUUGGAUACAGCGCAGCAGGCAAGGCCUUCUGUUUUUCGCACUACGUGAACAUUACUCCCGACAUCAUGACGGGUCUCCUCGUCGGCCUUCUUUUCAUUUUUAUGGCGUACAUUGGUCUAAGUGUGCUGCACCAGAUCCAGACGCCGCAACGAUACCCAGUGCAGGGAGCACCACGCGGCAAGGAAUUCUGA